UAGUUUGUUUCUGUCAUCCUGCACGUUUGUCGUAAACUUUUCCCCCCAACUCGUACUCAGAAGCGGUCAUAGCGAAUGCGGCCAAGUGUGAACGCUUCCUAUUCACGCCUACGAGAGCUCGAGCGCCAAACGUAAGAUGGCAAUUCGCGACUGCGUGAGAAUUCGCCGCAUGCUCGGCGCCGCUACGCUGUCACAUCGCAGCGCGCUUCGCUUGUCGACGUCUUCGAGCAGUUCCGCGAUAUCGCAGCCAGCCCUGGGCGAUGCUUUCGCGCGUCCCAAGCUUCAGUCGUGCCUCGAAAACAUCAAGAAGCUCAAACUUGGCACCGCGCAACCGGCGCGGCCCGACACCGAAAUUCCUCGCUCCUCCAUUCUCAUUCCGCUGUGCACCAGCGGAGGAGGCAAGCCGUCCGUACUGUUCACGCUGCGCUCGAGUCGACUGCUCCGCCACAAGGGUUACGUUUGCUUUCCGGGUGGCAUGGAGCACGCCGAAGACAUUGAUCCCGUGGACACGGCCUUGAGGGAGACGGAAGAAGAGCUAGGCGUCAGCAGAAGCAAGGUGGAGGUCCUCGGCACCUUCCCGACGUUCUACAACCCGCGCGACAAACUCUCCAUGACCGUCGUCUUGGCAAUGCUGGGCGAGAGCGGUCGGGACAUCGACCUCGAUGUCGACCUGAACGUCAACGACGCCGAGGUUCAGUUAGCGUUUGUGCGGACGCUUGAAGAGCUGUGCGAGAAGUCGAACUUGCGCUACACGCAGUUCAGGGGUCGCCGCGGAACCCUGAAUGGCGGAGAUUAUGCGAUGCCCGUCUUUCUGGCGGGUCAAUUCAAGGUUUGGGGCCUUACAGCGAUGGUGCUGAACGCUUUCCUCAAAACGCUGCUGCCGGACGCAUACCAUCACGAAGUGAGGUGCUCGGUGCUCAAGAAAAGCUUGUACAUCAAGGAAUUAAUUCUGCAAGGCUUUGUCACGGGACGUUUCCUAUCCACGCAGAGGUGUUUGGUUUCUUGGUCUUAAAGUUUCGUUGACCGUCGUUUCGCAAGUCUAUUUCUUGGCUUGGUGAUGAUUAGUUUCGUUUAAUGUCAUUUCAGAACAACUUGGACGGGAGAUAUGCUUAAUACGUGUUUGCGUUUGAAAUGAGCUCUUUGUGAAAUGACCAAUAAACGCUGCUAUGACUUA